GGCAAAAUAUGGCAGAGUUUCAACAAAACCAUCGACGAUCGCUUGUUCUCGACCACCCAACACCCACAACAGUCGACGGAGAUGCUCAUUUCAAGCUGUGGUCCUCAUGCCGCCGCAAAAUUAUUGACGCCAUGAGAUGCACCGGUGGGAUAUCUCGUUACCGGAAGACUGUCAAGUCUCCGGUGGCGAAGAAUCACAAGCUGGAAGAGAUGAAGACUUCCACGGCUGAAUGUAGAUCCGAUACGAAUAAGAACAAUGGUAACCAUGAAGUUUCCGAGAAGCUUCCGGAGUUGAUGAAGAUGCCGGAAUUGUCUUCGUUGGUGGACGUGAGGUUGAAAGAGGUGGUGAAACGGUUGCAGUGCGGAGGAGACGGCGACGCCUUGGGAGGAGCCAGGGAAGUGAGGGAGUUAGCCAAGGACGAUUCAGAGGCUCGAACGAAUUUGGCAUUGCUUGGAGCCAUUCCACCGCUCGUUGCAAUGCUUGAUUCCGACCAUCUCGAUUCCCAAAUCUCUGCUCUGUACGCUCUUCUCAAUUUGGGAAUCGGCAAUGACCUGAAUAAAUCCGCCAUUACUGAAUCAGGAGCAGUACACAAGAUGCUAGAUCUAGUUGAAUCUCCAAACGAGGGUUUACCCAACCCAGAUUUAUCAGCAGCAAUUGUUGCAAAUUUUCUCGGAUUAAGCGCUCUUGAUUCGAACAAACCGAUCAUUGGAUCUUCAGGAGCCAUUUCUUUCUUGAUCAAAACCCUCAAAACCAACACAAAUUCACAGGUGAUACAAGAUUCUCUGAGGGCACUCUAUAAUCUAUCCAUCUUGCCAUCAAAUGUUUUACCAAUGAUCGAGAUCAACGAUUUCCUAUCAUUUCUCUUGACCAUGAUGGGAGGCACCGAAUCAAGCGAUAGAAUCCUGUCGAUUCUGAGCAACGUUGUGUCGACCCCCGAGGGUCAAACCGCGGUUGGUACCGUCACCGAUGCAUUCCCGAUCUUGAUCGAUGUUUUGAGUUGGAUGGAUUCACCUAAUUGCCAAGAAAAGGCAACAUACAUUUUGAUGGUGAUGGCUCACAAGUCAUACGGGCAUCGACAAGCCCUAGUUGAAGCUGGCAUCAUGUCCUCGCUUCUUGAAUUAACUCUUUUCGGUAGCACUUUAGCGCAAAAGAGAUCCUCAAGGAUUUUAGAAAUCCUGAGGAUCAACAAAGGGAAAGAAGCUUCAAAAACGUAUGGGGGAGGCGUAUCAGCGCCCCUUUAUGGGUCCGUUGAUGCAGAAUCUACGGACCCAUCAAACUGUUCUUCCAAGAGCAGUGCGGUAAGGCACCUGGUCGAACUAAGCUUGCAAAACAAUAUGAGGAGGAUAGUGAAGAGGGCAAAUUUGCCACAAGAUUUCGUGCCGUCGGAGCAUUUGAAGAAGUCGGUUGCGUCAUUUUCGACUUCAAAGAGCUUACCGUUUUGAGAUGAAUUUGAUCGUUGUAUGAUUUAGCGUGGGUUAGGAUAUGGUGUUUAUUUGUUCUUGUACCGAUAGAAUGAUGAAUGUUUUUUGAACGUUA